GCUGUCAAAAGUUUUGCGGGCGCCGAGCUGCGAGUUCCAAACGAAGAGGAAGCCAUCGCGCAUUUUUGUUUGCCGAACGAGGUUUACUGUGAAGUGCUUCAGGAGGAAAUAAAGCAUAAGUUGCUAGUCGAUUUUGCAUAAAAAUACGUUUCCCGAUUGCAGGAAACUUUUUCAAACGUGGUUUGGAUAAAUUCAGCCGGAUCUACUAAGCGUCUGGUUAGCCCGUCUCGCCAGCCGCAUCCACUAGCGCCACCAUCGAUUUUAUUCUUCCCUGUUGAGAGGACGACGCUUUGAUCCUUAAUAAUGGGCAAGGCCAAGGAUAACAAGCCUUCCGAUAGCGAAUCUAGUGAGGAGGAAGAGUACGUCGUCGAGAAGGUCGUAGAUAGGCGGGAGCGCAAAGGCAAGGUUGAGUAUUUCUUGAAAUGGAAAGGAUACGAUUCCUCGGCCAACACCUGGGAACCCAGAGAAAACUUGGAAUGUCCCGAACUGAUCAAGGCAUUCGAAGACGCUCGUACUGCAGCAAAAAAGGAGAGCAGCACCAAGGAAAAGGAGAAGGAAAAGGAAAAGAAAAAACCAAGCAAACCUUCCUCUACUAGCUCUAAGCGGAAGGCCGAUUCGGAUGAAGAGGGCUCAGAUGACGACAAAGAUGAUUCCGCAUCAACCAAAUCGAGCAAAUCUAAGACCGCCGCGGAUAAUGAUGCAGCUGCUAGUGAUGACGGCAUGAAUGGAUUCGAACGGGGAUACGUUCCGGAGAAAAUUCUUGGAGCAACAGAAGCAAACAAUGAACUACUUUUCCUGAUCCAGUGGAAGGACAAGGAUAAGGCACAGCUUGUAUCAUCAAAGGAAGCACGUAAGCACUGUCCGCAACUGGUCAUAGAUUUCUAUGAGGAACGUCUCAUCUGGCAAUCAUCUGAUUCCGCAGAGUAAAUUCCCCUCGCUUUUUUCUUAUUAUUAUUUCCCUGCUUUUCUCUUUCGCUCUCGUAAUGAAAGAAGUAGGAUUUAACAUUUUUCCUUGAUGGAUUGUAAUUUAGGAUCUUCGUUUUAAGUACGCCUACAAAUAUCUGAUACGAUCGGAAAUAUGUAUGUUUGUAGUAAGGUUUUUAUUUACUGAUAUUGAUUGACUUUGAAAUGUAUCGAUGGAUAGAAUCUAAGAAGCUUGAUUUGAGUAAAAUGUUAGGCCAUAAAGCAACAAAGCAAGCAAAAACAAAACUCUACAAACGUUCGGACAAGAAAGCAUCAUCUUAAGACCUGUAAUUCAAUAUUACAAUAGAACAUAUUUUCACGAAUAAUAAAGAUUUUGGAAAAUCAA